AGAAAACAAAUAAGAAAAAGAAAAAAAAAAAAGUUAUCGUAGAAGGUAAGGACUUGAAGACAGCAGCACAAGCCUUCAACAAAAAAAAAAUAAAAAAGCUUAAACAGAGGAAGAAGAAGAAGAAGGACAAGUUUGAGACUUUUGUUCUGAGGGAUUUGAAGGAAGCUCGAGUUGAAAAGGAAAAAAAAAAAAAAAUCAAAUCUUUUCUAUUGUUUCCUGUAUUGGAUCGGGAAGUUUUGAAGAUUCGUUUUUGUUUUUGAAAAUUUGUUCGAAUCUGAACAAGUUCUUAACAUUCGAAUUCGAGUGAUGUUUUGCUUGAUUCGUCUCGAGCUUUCGUUGAAUCAAGGAAGAGUUUAUGCUGCUUGAAGCUCCAAAAGAUUCUGAUUUUGAGUUUAUUGGUUUUAUUAAGCUAAAGGGCGUUAAGAGAGAUAUGAUGAUGAGUUGUUACGUUGGUUCCUUCUUCCCGUAGAUUUCACUGAAGAUGUUCUUCUUCUUCUUCUUCUACAAAAACUGAAUCUUUCUUCAUCAACUUGAUCAAAAGGAGAGAUUUUUCCAAAAAAAGGGUCAGAUCGAUUUCGAUAUGGAUGAGGUAGGUGCUCAAGUAGCUACACCGAUGUUUAUUCAUCCAUCGCUAUCUCCCAUGGGGAGAAAACGCGAUCUUUAUUACCCUAUGUCGAAUCGGCUUGUUCCGUCUCAGCAACAGCAACAGCCUCAGCGUAGAGAUGAGUGGAACUCUAAGAUGUGGGAUUGGGAUAGCCGGAGAUUUGAGGCUAAACCGGUUGACGCUCAGACUCUUCGUCUUGGUAACGUUUCUACAACACAACAGUUUGAUUUGACUUCGAGGAAUAAGAGUGGAGGAGGAGGAGGAGAAGAAAGAGGACUUGAUUUGAAUCUGGGAAGUGGUUUGACCGCUUUGGAAGAGACUACGACCACGACGACGAUGACGCAGAACGUUAGACCGAGCAAGAAGGUUCGGUCUGGAUCUCCAGGAGGAGGGAAUUAUCCCAUGUGUCAGGUUGAUAAUUGUACUGAAGAUUUGUCUCAUGCUAAGGACUAUCAUAGAAGGCAUAAAGUGUGUGAAGUUCAUAGCAAAGCUACUAAAGCUCUCGUUGGGAAGCAGAUGCAGAGGUUUUGUCAACAGUGCAGCAGGUUUCAUCUGCUUUCUGAGUUUGAUGAGGGGAAGAGAAGUUGUAGGCGUAGGUUGGCUGGCCAUAAUCGACGGAGGAGGAAGACAACUCAGCCGGAUGAGAUUGCUUCUGGGGUUGUGGUUUCAGGGAACCGUGAUAACAAUACCUCUAAUGUCAAUAUGGAUCUUAUGGCUUUGUUAACCGCCUUAGCUUCUGCUCAAGGUAAGAAUGAUGUGAAGCCACCAGUGACUUCUCCAGCUGUGCCUGAUAGAGAGCAGCUUCUUCAGAUACUUAACAAGAUUAAUGCUUUGCCGUUGCCUAUGGAUCUUGUCUCUAAGUUGAACAAUAUUGGAAGUUUAGCCAGGAAAAAUCUGGAUCAGCCAAUGGCUAACCCCACAAAUGAUAUGAAUGGGGCUUCUCCUUCUACAAUGGACUUACUUGCUGUUCUUUCGUCAACGUUAGGCUCAUCUUCACCUGAUGCGCUAGCGAUAUUGUCUCAAGGUGGGUUUGGUAACAAAGACAGCGACAAGACUAAGUUAUCGUCUUAUGAUCACGGUGUUACUACCAAUGUUGAAAAGAGAACUUUUGGGUUUUCUUCUGGUGGGGGAGAGAGGAGCAGUAGCAGUAACCAAUCUCCUUCUCAGGAUUCAGAUUCACGUGCUCAAGACACUAGGUCUAGCUUGUCUCUACAAUUAUUUACCUCAUCUCCCGAGGAUGAGAGUCGACCGACAGUGGCAUCUUCUAGAAAGUAUUACUCUUCUGCCAGCAGUAAUCCUGUUGAGGAUAGAUCUCCAUCUUCCUCACCGGUCAUGCAGGAGUUAUUCCCAUUGCAGACGUCCCCUGAAACCAUGAGGUCUAAGAAUCACAAUAACUCAAGUCCAAGCAGGACUGGUUGCUUGCCACUUGAGCUCUUUGGAGCAUCAAAUAGAGGAACUGCAAACCCGAAUUUUAAAGGUUUCGGGCAACAGUCUGGAUAUGCUUCUUCUGGUUCUGACUACUCUUCUCCCAGCUUAAACUCUGAUGCUCAGGACCGCACCGGAAAGAUAGUCUUCAAACUACUUGAUAAAGAUCCAAGUCAGCUCCCUGGGACAUUACGAUCAGAGAUCUAUAAUUGGCUUUCGAACAUUCCAUCAGAAAUGGAGAGUUAUAUCAGGCCUGGCUGUGUUGUUCUAUCUGUCUAUAUAGCGAUGUCACCUGCAGCCUGGGAACAGCUCGAGCGAAACUUGCUGCAACGGCUUGGUGUUUUGCUACAAAAUCCUCAGUCUGACUUUUGGAGAAACGUGAGAUUUAUAGUUAACACGGGCAGACAGCUCGCAUCACACAAAAAUGGGAGAGUUCGAUGUAGCAAAUCUUGGAGAACUUGGAAUUCACCAGAGCUCAUCUCAGUGUCACCUGUAGCCGUGGUAGCUGGUGCAGAAACAAGUUUGGUAGUAAGAGGUAGAAGCUUGACUAACAAUGGGAUCAGUAUUCGUUGCACGCAUAUGGGUAGCUACAUGUCAAUGGAAGUUACCGGGGCAGCGUGUAGACAAGCCGUAUUUGAUGAGUUGAAUGUAAAUAGUUUCAAAGUGCAAAAUGCACAGCCCGGUUUUCUUGGACGCUGUUUCAUUGAGGUGGAGAAUGGAUUCAGGGGUGACAGUUUUCCAUUGAUAAUUGCCAAUGCAUCCAUCUGCAAAGAGUUAAAUCGCCUUGAAGAAGAGUUUCACCCCAAAAGUCAAGAUACGUCAGAAGAACAAGCACAGAGCACAGAUCGUCGUCCCACAUCAAGAGAAGAAGUUUUGUGCUUCUUGAAUGAGCUUGGUUGGCUUUUCCAGAAGAACCAGACCUCUGAACUUCGGGAACAGUCCGACUUUUCCCUUGCCCGCUUCAAGUUUUUGCUCGUUUGCUCAGUUGAAAGAGAUUACUGUGCUCUCAUCAGAACACUCCUAGACAUGUUAGUAGAGAGAAAUUUGGUGAAUGAUGAGCUGAACACUGAAGCCUUGGAUAUGCUCGCUGAGAUUCAGUUGUUGAAUCGUGCUGUUAAGAGGAAAAGCACAAAAAUGGUUGAACUACUUAUUCAUUACUCAGUUAAUCCCUCGGCACUCGAUUCCUCUAACAACUUCGUUUUCUUACCCAAUAUAACUGGACCUGGUGGUAUGACACCUUUACAUCUAGCUGCUUGUACAUCUGGUUCAGAUGAUAUGGUUGAUCUACUGACCAAUGAUCCACAGGAGAUCGGAUUAUCGAGCUGGAACUCUCUACGCGACGCAGCAGGGCAAACUCCAUACAGCUACGCUGCAAUUAGGAACAACCAUAGCUAUAACUCCUUGGUGGCUCGUAAACUUGCAGACAAAAGAAACAAGCAAGUCUCACUAAACAUCGAGAACGAGAUAGUUGACCAAAAGGGUCUGAGCAAGAGGUUAAGUUCAGAGAUGAACAAAUCAUCUUGUGCCUCGUGUGCAACCGUGGCUCUCAAGUAUCAGAGGAGGGUUUCAGGUUCACACCGUUUGUUCCCAACUCCCAUCAUUCACUCAAUGCUCGCAGUUGCAACAGUCUGUGUUUGCGUCUGCGUUUUCAUGCACGCUUUCCCAAUCGUCAGACAAGGAUCUCACUUCAGUUGGGGAGGUUUGGAUUAUGGCUCAAUCUAGAGUCUAGACAACUUAUAUAUAAAUUAUAAUUUAUUCUUUUGGUUUCACAAAAGCAAAAAAAAAAAAAUAAGAAAAGAGGAAGAGACUUUGUGCGGAUUCAAGGAAAAGCUCAGAGACUUUACUGUGACUACAGCAUUACUUAAAGGGAUUUUUUUUGUUUUCUUUCGUUAAUUAUAUAUAUUUUGGUUUGGCUAAUUUGUUGUGUAUUUCUGUGUAUUUGUUUCCUACUUUGUAUGAUUAUCAUUAUAUUAUUUUAACUAAGAUAAUAACGUGCUGCUUCAUAUAAGAAGCAGUUGUUUUACUUUA